UCAAUGGGUACGGAAGCCACGGCGUCCCCCGGAAGCGCGAUUCGCAAACGCGACGGAGGCGACUUCGCCGGUGCUUGUGAGGAGCCCCGCGGUGGUGGUGGUGGUUGAGGUGGCUGGUUGGUGGUUGGUGGUGGUUGGGUUUUGGGGUGGUGGCUCUGCUAUGGAACGCGCCAUGGAGCAGCUGAACGUACAGCUCGGCCGCCUGACUCGCUCCCUGCGCCGCGCCCGCACCGUGGAGCUGCCCGAAGACAAUGAGACAGCUGUGUACACACUCAUGCCCAUGGUGAUGGCCGACCAGCACAGGUCCGUGUCGGAGCUCUUGGCCAAUUCCCAGUUUGACGUCAACUACGCAUUUGGUCGAGUCAAGCGGAGCCUCCUGCACAUAGCCGCCAACUGCGGCUCUGUCGAGUGUCUCGUGCUGCUGCUGAAGAAGGGAGCCGACCCCAACUUCCAGGAUAUCUCGGGGUGCACGCCCCUGCAUCUCGCCGCUCGCAAUGGGCAGAAGAAGUGCAUGUCGAAGCUGCUCGAGUUCAAUGCCGACGUCAACAUCUGCAACAACGAGGGCCUCACCGCAAUCCACUGGCUGGCGGUGAACGGGCGCACAGAGCUGUUGCACGACCUGGUGCAGCACGUGAGCGACGUGGACGUUGAGGAUGCACAGGGCCAGACGGCGCUGCACGUCGCCUGCCAGAACGGGCACCGCUCGACCGUUCUGUGCCUCCUGGACAGUGGCGCAGACAUCAACCGGCCCAACGUAUCGGGUGCCACGCCGCUCUACUUCGCCUGCAGCCACGGACAGAGGGACACGGCUCAAAUCCUGCUCACACGCGGGGCCCGGUUCCUGGCCGACCGGAACGGCGUCACUCCCAUCGACCUGUGUGUGCAGGGCGGCUAUGGGGAGACGUGCGAGGUUCUGCUGCUGCACCAGCCGCGCCUUUUCCAGCCACUGGUACAGAUGGCGCAAGACCCCAACGUCUCUGAGAGCAUGCUCCGCCAGGUGCUGGAGCACCUCUGCACGCACAGCGAGACGCAGCUCACCCGCACGCUCACCAGCCUUGCCGAGAUCGCCACCACCAGCGGGCACAAGCUGCUCAGCCUCUCCAGCAGCUACGAGGCCCAGAUGCACCGGCUGCUGCGCGUGGUGCGGCUGCUGUGCCACCUGUACCACGCGGGGUCGGCACGCUCGCCCAGCACCACCGGCGCCAAUGGGCGAGCGUUUCCCACCACCCGCACCCUCCGCUCCACCGUCUUCAAGAGGGGCGGUGACUCAAAAAGUGUGAAGAACAGCUGGCAAACAGCACUUGCCCUAACAGCCUAUCCACUGGAACCCCUGUGGCACUCGCUCAACGAGUGGCUCGUGCUGUUGGGGGUCGAGCUGCAGUCCACCCAGACCCUCGCGGGCCCCGGGGGGGGCGGAGGGGACCCCCCCGGCGAGGGGGUCCGGGCCGCGCUCCUCCGCAAGCACGCGGCGCAGGCCGAGGCGUCGGGGCCCGUCUCCGACCCCGGGGCCCGCGCGACCCCCUCGGAGGGGUCGGACGACGCGGGGGACGACGGCGAGAGCACCGGGCGGGGGUGCCCAGACCACCCCGCGCCGGCCGCGUCUCCCGACGACCCCCCUCCGUCUCCCGACGACCCCGGGGAGGGGACGCGGGCCCCCUCCUCGCCCCCGCCCGGCCCCCGUCCGCGCCCGGAUCCCGGGGGGGACAAGGCCGCCCCCCGCCCGGAGGCCGACCUGUCGGGCCGCCCCAGGGAGGGGGAGGUGGGGGGGCCGCUGGCGGACCCCGAGCAGGGAGAGGACGUGAUCGAGGUGACGGCCGAUCGGCUGAGCGCCGUCAUCCAGGCCUUCUACCUCGUCUGCUCCUGCACCACACCCGACGGGCUCACGUCGCCGCGCUUCAUCGAGUUUGUGUGCCGGCACGACGGCGUGCUCAAGUGCUUCGUCACGCGGAAGCCCAAGAUCAUCUUCCACCACUUCCACUUCCUGCUCGAGUGCCCCGAGCUCAUGUCGCGUUUCAUGCACAUCACCAAGUCUCAGCCCUUCAAGGAUCGCUGCGACUGGUUCUACGAGAACCUGCUGUCGGACGGACAGGACACGGCCAUGGUGCACCGUCCCGUCAGCGAGGGCGACGUCCUGCUCGUCCACAGAGACUCGGUGUUUGAGAGCAGCUGUGAGAUGGUGUCCAAGGUGAGCCAGGAGAAGCUGAAGCAGGGGAUCGCCGUGCGGUUCCACGGGGAGGAGGGCGUGGGCCAGGGAGUGGUGAGGGAGUGGUUCGACAUUCUCUCAAACGAGAUCCUCAACCCGGACUACGCUCUUUUUACGCAGUCCGCCGAUGGAACGACGUUUCAGCCGAACAGCAACUCCUCCGUGAACCCCGACCACCUGAACUACUUCCGCUUCGCGGGGCAGAUCCUGGGCCUGGCCCUGUACCACCGCCACCUCGUCAACGUCUACUUCACCCGCUCCUUCUACAAGCACAUCCUCGGCAUCCCCGUGAGCUACCGCGACGUGGCCUCCAUCGACCCCGAGUACGCCAAGAACCUGCAGUGGAUCCUGGACAACGACAUCUCGGAGCUGGGCCUGGAGCUCACCUUCCUGGUGGAGACCGACGUCUUUGGAUCCAUGGCCGAGGUGGAGCUCAAGCCCGGGGGCUCCGGCGUGGCAGUGACCCAGGAGAAUAAGGGGGAGUACGUGCAGCUGGUGACGGAGUUGCGGAUGACGCGCGCCAUCAUCCCCCAGAUCAACGCCUUCCUCGCCGGGUUCCACCGUUUCAUCCCCCCUGCCCUCGUGCAGUUGUUUGACGAAUACGAGCUGGAGCUGCUACUGUCUGGGAUGCCGGAGAUCGACGUUGAGGAUUGGGAGCGAAACACGGAGUACGGGAGCGGAUAUGAGCCCAGCGCCCCCGUGAUCCAGUGGUUCUGGGAGGUGGUGCAGGAGCUCUCGCAGGAGGAGCGAGUGCUACUGCUGCAGUUUGUCACGGGCAGCUCACGAGUCCCCCACGGGGGGUUCGGAUUCCUGACCGGGGGCUCGGGCCUGCAGCGGUUCACCAUCACGGCUGUGGCCUACACCGCCAACCUGCUGCCCACGGCCAGCACAUGUAUCAACAUGCUGAAGCUGCCCGAGUACCCAAGCCGGGAGUCCCUGCGCGAUCGACUCCUCGUGGCGCUGCACUGCGGCAGCCAAGGAUACAGCAUGGCCUGACACAGCACCUACACAGGAUGGCCGAUACGCGGCUGAGAGUCUCGCAAGCGCAGCCGCCGUUGUUGGGGGAGGAGAAGAGGGGGGGGGGAGUUUUAUAGCUCCAGCCUCGCCUAGACGGUGCCUCUAUCUCCUCCUCGUCCUCCUACUCUCGCCCGAGCGCUUCUCCGCAACGGACAUGGCCAGCGCCACGACACCGGGUUCUCUCCUUAAAACGAAUAAAACCAAUUUAACCAGUUAAGGCUUCACUGAGCUAUUCGCUUUUUUUUAUUCAGAAGCGACCUGGCUAUCGCAAAUGAUAGCG